UCAAUCACUUCACUCGUAUGUAUGUGUUGCCAUCCCGUCCCAAAUCACAAAGCUUCGUUUGUGGCGGGAAAACAAACCUAGGGUCCUGUGCUAGUUGGGAGAGCCGGAGAGGGAGAGAGGGUGGAACGCGAUGGCGGAAGUGAAAGGAUCAACGAUUCCAGAAGUGGAGGUAGAAGACCUGCCGAAGACUAUCGUGCGCCGGUUAGUGAAAGACAAGCUCUCCCAGCUCUCUCGGGACGGCGAUAUGUCCCUCCUACGUGAUGCUCAUCAAGCGUUCUCCGAGAGUGCCCGCAUCUUCAUCCACUACCUCUCUGCUGCCGCAAAUGAUAAUUGCAUGGACUCUAAGAGGCAAACUAUGAGUGCAGAAGAUGUAUUCAAGGCUCUUGAAGACAUUGAGUUUAGUGAAUUUGUAGAUCCUCUCAGAGCUUCUCUUGAAGAGUUCAGGCUGAAAUAUUCUAAAAGGAAGGCCACGUCUUCAAAACCAGCAGAGUCUAACAAAAAGACCAAGAAGGAAGAGAAACCUGCUGAGAAUGGAAAUAUGAAAAAAAAACAUGAUGCUACAGAUAACCCAAAGAGUAAGCACAAAAAAACUGGAUUGAAUGGAAAUGGAGCAAGAAAGGCACAACCAGUUGAAACUGAGGAGAAAUACAGUCAAGAACCCAAUGAAAGUGAAGAGGAAGGAGUUAAUGUAAGCGAGGACAGUCAUGAUAAUUGAGGAGUUAUGGCACAAUCAUGUUAACUGUUAAGGGUGGCAUGUUUUGAACUUUACUUUUCUAUAUGUAUCCAUCUCUUCUAAAAUGGAGAGUAGAUUUAUGGAGACCUAUAUGACUCCCUUAUGGGGUCAUUGGAUAUUGUAGCCACUAAAAAUAUGGAUGGUGAUGGUGCCAUAAUACCGCAUAUGUUUCCAUAAGGUGGUCAUAUGGAUUUCUUUAUUUUUUUUGCUAAAAUGGAUGUUUUAGUGUCCUAGGUUAGUACUACCACGAGAAUAAAACUAUUUGCAAUUUAGAUAGUAAGAUUUUAUUUAUAUCGUUUCCAAUAUC